AUGCCUGACCCCCAAGUUGUAAUACCAGCUCGUCUUCUUCGUACUGACAGCAGGCCAAUUUUUCUCAGCCCCUGCCAUCAUCUCCUCCAGGCCCUUAUUCGUGCAGAAGUCGAGCGAAUCCUUCCAAAAUAUGGCGCGUGUUUCACAUCCGACGACUCUGGCACCGUCUCCCUCUUGACCGCUCAGUGCCAUCAGUGCAGCUGUGAAGCAGGUCCAACAUCGCGUGUUGUUUGGAUCAUGGUUACUCGGAAACAUUUCAACAAACUGCCACCAACUCUACCGAAGAUGCGCAAGAGGCAGCUUUGUGUCAUCCUCUCGCCACCGUUUGGUAUCUACGACAUAGACUUCUCUGGCCACAGGGUCGUAGCCUAUCACCUGUACAGACAUAUCAUUCUGCAAGAGGCCAUGUCGUGGCUUAGCACUCUAGGUGGCGGAUUCUCGUCUCUAGGGGAAAAAUUUGAGGACGCUGCUGAAAUCGCCGGAGAAAUAUCCUUGCGUCAAAUGUACUUGGCACUUUCUAUGAAGAUUCCAGUUUUUCAGGCUCGUUGCCGGCUUUUUUAUGCUCAAAGCCUCAUGCAACGCGGGAGACUAAAGGCAGCAAUCAGCAUAAUUCGUUUCACUCCUUCGGGCGUUCGUGUCACACGCGCACUGCGGACUGAGGUUUGCCCACGCGCGAACGGGUUCUCACGUCGCUUUGCACGCGCGCCCGUUCCCGUUCCGGCGUCUCGUCGUGACUUGAGUCGGUGCACCCUUAGCCCCCCUAGUGGUGGUGUUUCAUUGCCGCGGCGCUGCAUCGGCUCCGUCCAAACUUGA